AUGAGUGGUUCGAAAGCAAUUAAGGCGACUGCAUUUGGCCAAAGGGAGUCCAAGUCCAAGUCGAAGGCCUAUGGCCUAAGCAACAUAAUCGCCGAAACUGAUAAGAUGGCGCUACGAAUGACGCCACUUCUCUGCCUACUUUUACCAAUACUGGUAGUCUCAGCAAAAACUUGGCUGGAUAGUUUUGAAGACACUGCAGAGGAGUCUCCUGUUGAUGAUGAAACAAUUAUGGAGAAACGUUUUCAACUGGGCUAUGAAAACUGGCGUCUUCGCUGCGAGAAAUUCGAAGAGGAGCUGAAUCAAACCUCCCCAGUAAACACUCGAAUUGCAGGUGGAGAACUGGCGGCACGUGGCAUGUUUCCCUAUCAAGUGGGUCUGGUGAUUCAGCAGAGUGGUGGCGAUCUCUUCAAGUGCGGUGGUUCCCUUAUCACCCUUCAGUUUGUGUUGACCGCAGCUCACUGUUUAAUCGAUGCCAUCGGGGCAAGAAUUUACACAGGUGCCACAAUAUUCGCCGACUCUGAAGACUCCGCCGAAGUUAUUUUGGUAACACAUCGGGAUUUCUUCACCCAUCCGGAUUACUUGGGCUUCGGGGGAUACAAUGACUUGGCUUUGAUACGACUGACGAGAAAGGUCAUCACCUCGGAUCGAGUGCAACCCAUAGAGCUGGCUGGAGAGUUUAUGCAUCAAACGUUUUUGGAAGGUCAAGUGGUGACCCUAUCUGGCUGGGGAAGAUUAGGAGACUCACCCGGCAGUGAAACGCGAAUUCUUCAGUACUUGGAUGCGGAGGUGAUCAAUCAGGAACGCUGCAUCUGCUAUUUCCUGCCAGGAUUGGUUGGCCAGCGUCACCUGUGCACCGAUGGACAAAAUGGACGAGGUGGCUGCAACGGCGACUCCGGUGGACCAUUGGUUUACCACUGGCGCAACGUCAGCUACCUGAUCGGGGUCACCUCGUUCGGCAGCGUCGAGGGCUGCGAGGUGGGGGCGCCCACUGCCUACGCCAGGAUAACCGCAUAUUUGCCAUGGAUCCGACAACAAACGGCAAUGACCAACUAAAUGCAAUUAACGCCUAAUUGCAGACCAUUAAUUGCUAAACAAUAUAGUCUCGGGCCAGACAAUAAAACCAAUUUGAGCACUGAAACCGAGACGACCGACAGGUUCCUGCCGAGAAGGGAAGGUGAAAAUGGUUCAUUUAAUGGGUGGUUGUUUUCCCUUGAAUGGAAAUUGUUACCGAUAAAUAACAAUAAACAUUUCGGCAUUACAGCA